CUGGCGGAGGAGUCCGCGGUGGCGGCGGCAGCGGCGGCGGCGGCGGCGCUGUUCCCCGCGCGGUCCGCGCAGCGGGCUCCGGGCUGCGCGUUUCGGGCGGCGGCACUGCGGCCCCGGCCCGAGCCCGAUCCCGGGUCCCCUCACCGGCCGCCCCCCCGCCCACGGGCCGCCCCCCGGGCCCUGCGUCCCCUCCCCCGCUGGCGGGGCCCGGACAGAAGAUGGUGCAGAAGAAAACAGCCGAACUUCAGGGCUUCCACCGAUCCUUCAAGGGGCAGAAUCCUUUUGAGCUGGCCUUCUCCCUAGACCAGGCCCACCACGGGGAGCCUGACUUCGGCCUGGAGUGCCCGGCCCGCCCUGAUAUGCCCGCAAGCCAGCCCAUAGACAUCCCCGACGCCAAGAAAAGGGGCAAGAAGAAGAAGAGGUGCCGGGCCACCGACAGCUUUUCGGGCAGGUUCGAAGACGUCUACCAGCUGCAGGAGGACGUGCUUGGGGAGGGCGCCCAUGCCCGCGUGCAGACCUGCGUCAACCUCAUCACUAACCAGGAGUAUGCCGUCAAGAUCAUUGAGAAGCAGCCAGGCCACAUUCGGAGUAGGGUUUUCCGGGAGGUGGAGAUGUUGUAUCAGUGCCAGGGACACAGGAACGUUCUAGAGCUGAUUGAGUUCUUUGAGGAAGACGACCGUUUCUACCUGGUGUUUGAGAAGAUGCGGGGCGGCUCCAUCCUGAGCCACAUACACAAGCGGCGGCACUUUAACGAACUGGAGGCCAGCGUGGUGGUGCAGGAUGUGGCCAGCGCCCUGGACUUUCUGCACAACAAAGGCAUCGCCCACAGGGACCUAAAGCCGGAAAACAUCCUCUGUGAGCACCCCAACCAGGUGUCCCCCGUGAAGAUCUGUGACUUUGACCUGGGCAGUGGCAUCAAACUCAACGGGGACUGCUCCCCCAUCUCCACCCCGGAGCUGCUCACCCCGUGCGGCUCCGCCGAGUACAUGGCCCCGGAGGUGGUGGAGGCCUUCAGCGAGGAGGCAAGCAUCUAUGACAAGCGCUGCGACCUCUGGAGCCUGGGCGUCAUCCUCUACAUCCUGCUCAGCGGCUACCCGCCCUUCGUGGGCCACUGCGGCAGCGACUGCGGCUGGGACCGCGGCGAGGCCUGCCCGGCCUGCCAGAACAUGCUGUUUGAGAGCAUCCAGGAGGGCAAGUACGAGUUUCCGGAGAAGGACUGGGCCCACAUCUCCUUUGCUGCCAAAGACCUCAUCUCCAAGCUCCUCGUCCGUGACGCCAAGCAGAGGCUGAGUGCUGCCCAAGUCCUGCAGCACCCCUGGGUGCAAGGGUGCGCCCCGGAGAACACCCUGCCCACGCCCAUGGUCCUGCAGAGGAACAGCUGCGCCAAAGACCUCACGUCGUUCGCGGCCGAGGCCAUUGCCAUGAACCGGCAGCUGGCCCAGCGCGAGGAGGACGCGGCCGAGGAGGCGGGGCAGGACCAGCCCGUGGUCAUCCGAGCUACCUCACGCUGCUUGCAGCUGUCCCCGCCCUCCCAGUCCAAGUUGGCCCAGCGGCGGCAGCGAGCCAGCCUGUCCGCGGCCCCCGUGGUCCUGGUGGGAGACCACGCGUGACCCCCUCCUUCCCUCUGUACAUAGGCCGCCCCUCCCCCCGUCAAGUCUAAAGAUUUUUUUAAGCUAUUGCCCGCGGGUGACCAGCGGGCUGCCCUCCCCCGGCUGGAUUCCGAGGCGCUAAGCUCAGCUCGGGGGUCUUUUUAUGUAAGGUUUUUGCUGUUGGGUUUUUUUCCUGUUCCCCCCCCCCCUUUUUUUUUUUUUCCUUUCAAUGGUGUUAAAUGCAGAGCAGGCGCCCGGGGAGGAGAGCGGAGGGCCUGUGGCUGGGUGGGGUCCUCCCGCUGCCCCGGCCCGGGAUGCGCCGGGUACUGUGAAGGCUGCUCCCCGCCGCCCGCGUGACUCAGGAGAGGAGGGCGCGGCGUCUCCCCGAGCCGGCGGGACCUCGCCGCCCCCCUCCCCGGCCCUCACAGUGUUUUCAGGGACGGGUCGACCCCCACCCACCUCCCCUCGACGAGACGGUAGCUCCUUCCCUCCCCUCAGACACCCUGGCGGCCGGGCGGGCCGGGGGCUUCUCACAUCUCCCUUGUCGCAGGGCGGGGCCUGGGGGCGGGCGGGGGGCCCGCUGGAGCCCCCGCCGACUGACAAUCGGGGCUCCCUCGAACCUUGACCUUAAGCUGCGGCUGCCCAGGGCCCCUCCCCUGGCCUCUCCACUGGGGACUGCCCACCCGGGAAGGGGGGCGCCAGAGGAAGUGCGAGGAGCCGGACAGGCCCCCGACAGCCGACGUGGGGGUCCCGCGGACCCCCCGACCCGGGCACCCGAGUGCCCCUUCUCAGGGCUCAGUCUGACCACGGCCACGUCCUGCCCGGCCGCCCCUCGGGUCUGGCGUGGAAGCUCUCUCAGCCCCGCCCCCGGGGUCUCGCGUGACUCCCCCCCCUCUAGGGCGGUGUCUCUGUUCCGCCCACCUUCAGGAAAAGGCCGCAGCUGCCGCGCCCCUUCCGCCCGCGCCUGAGUCAGACGUCGCGUGACCCGCCGGGCUGGGGAGACUCUGACGCCCUUCGUCCUCGGGUGGGAGACUCUAUGCAAUUCACAGGCUUCCUUUUCCACGUGCACACGGGCUUCUGCCGGGGUUGGGGGCGCGGGCAGCCGCCCAGACCGCCCUCCGGUUCCUCGCUGUUCGUCCUGUCUCGUUAGUUUUCCAGAACAUCAGCUGACUUCCCUUCCCUGUUCUUGACGAAUACUUGAAUGUGGGGGGGGCGGGGCGGGCCUCGAGGCGUGGGGGGGUUCGAGCGCCGUCUCUGCAGCCCCCUCGAGUCUCGGAGAUUGUGGCCGUCCUUGGUGGCUGGUGGGGGGCCGCCGCCCCGCCCUGCCCGCCCGCCCGCCGAUCUGUGGACUGGCCUUUCCAAAGACUCCGGGGGGGGGGAGGCCACCCCCCGUCAUUUUUCGCCCAUCAGUGAUUCCACGUUUUGCAACCGAGGAUUCUGCCUUUUUGUAAAAAAGAAACGAAUGGACUCUCGCCCGCUGCAGGCGCCAUGGCCAUUUUACUCCGGAAAGCUGAGCUGUGAGCAGCUUUUUUUUUUUUUUUUUUUUUUCCUCAAAGGUGGGACAGCCACUUCCUCCCCCUCCCCUGUCACAACGACAGCGCGGCCCGGAGGACUGGUCAGAACCGUUACUGUGAACGAGCCUGGCGCUGGGGGGAAGGGGGCACAGCAGUGUUUCAACGUUAAGAUGUGUAAAAAAGACAAAAAAAAAAAAAAAAAACUCAAAUUUUUUUAAAGUGGGGGAAAAACAUCCAAGCACUUUAACUCCACUGUACCAGGUGAACUGAUACAGCUCAGAAGUUUUCCUUUACACCAACUGUCAACGCCGGUAUUUUGUAUUCUGUUUUGUAAGGAUUUAAUAAAAGUCAUAAAAACUA